AUGUCUCCCUCUGCGUAUCCUUCUGGCGCCGUCAACGGCUCGUCGCCCCGUCCCCUCGCCCGCGGCAUCUACGUCCCCACGGUAGUUUUCUUCGACCCUUCAACGGACCAGCUCGACACAAAGACGGUUUCCAAGCACGCUGUACGCCUGGCCAAGGCUGGUGUUGCAGGUUUGGCUGUCCAGGGCUCCAACGGCGAGUCGGUUCAUUUGACGCACGAGGAGCGCAGCACCGUCACCAAGACGACCCGCGAUGCCCUCGAUACUGCUGGCUUCACGUCCAUGCCGUUGAUUGUCGGCUGCGGCGCCCAGUCUGUUGUCGAGGCUGUUAGCCUGUGCGAGCAAGCUGCCGCUGCUGGCGGUGACUACGCCCUGAUCCUGCCGCCCAGCUACUACUGUGGCCUCUUUACGCCCAGCACCAUCAUCGACUUCUUCACGGGCAUCGCCGAUGCUUCGCCCAUCCCCAUUAUCAUCUACAACUACCCCGGUGCCACCCCCGGUGUCGAUAUCAACUCGGAUAUCCUGAUUACACUGAGCCAGCACGCCAACAUUAUCGGCUGCAAGUUCACCUGCGGCAACACUGGUAAACUGGGCCGUGUUGCAUCGGCUGUCCGCAAAUCGGGCGCCGAGUUUCUCUGCUUUGCCGGCUCGACCGACUUUACGCUGCCAUCCCAGGCUGCUGGAGGUGCUGGUGUCAUUGGCGGCAUGGCCAACUUGGCCCCUCGCGCUAGUGUCAAGCUCUUCGCCAUGGGCGAGGACAAGGCCCUGUUCCACAGCGAGGAAGCGACUACGCUGCAAGAAGUGGUUGGUCGCGGCGACUGGGCCAUGAUUAAGACGGGCGUUGUGGGCGUUAAGGCUGCCCUCGGCUCGUACUUUGGCUAUGGCGGGUUUGCGCGCAGACCGAUGCCUCGUCCUGACGAGAAGGAGACGGCGAGACUAGCGGCUGAGCUCAAGGAGCUGAUGGAUCUCGAGGCGACUCUGUCGGAUAAGCAGUAA